GAGUUUCAUUUCAAACGUGUUUUCCUAUUGUCCUUUUACAACAUUUUUUAACUUUCAUUAAUAGUAUUUUUUGAAAAAACGUUAUACAAUUAUAAAGCAAUGAUCUUUCGAAUUGCAUCGACCGUCUUGUUAACAAGCAUCACUGUAUUGGAAUUUAGUACAAUAUUUAAUUACGCAACGAACUACUCGAAAUUGUUAAACGAGAAUCCUUUGCAUCGUAUAUUCGUUUAUGGGACCUUGAAAAGAGGAGAACCAAAUCAUAAACUUAUACAAGAUAAAGCUAAUGGAUAUGCGAAAUUCCUUGGAAUCGCUAAAACUACUUCUUCUUAUCCAUUAAUUAUUGCUACUAAAUAUAACAUUCCAUUUUUGUUGAAAAAACCAGGAGUCGGUCAUCACGUGAUGGGCGAAAUAUAUGACGUCGAUUCAAAGAUGUUGACAAAGUUGGAUGAGCUGGAAGAACAUCCAAAUUUUUAUAAGCGAACGGAAGAGGAUGUUUUGAUGGCACCCGAAUUUAAACUCAAGCAUAAUAAAAAUAUCGAAGAGGUUGGCAUGUUAACGAAGGCCUGGAUUUAUUUUUUACCAAAAUUUAAAAGUUCUUUACUGGAAAUACCCAUGUAUGAAUCUUACAGCAACGAAGGAAAUCACGGAUUAAAAUAUGGAGAAAAGUAUGUCCGUGAUCCUACGUACGAUCAUAGGAAUGAGGUUCAAUGAAUAAAUUAAUCAAAAAUAUAAGGCAAUUAUUUUUAUCUGCUAUCUUUACAGUGACGAAACUACUGCUACUAUCGAAGACGUACUUUGACAAUGAUCAAGGUCAUAUAUGCGAUAAAUAUCGUUGAAUUUAAUAUUACGAUGACCAAGAUAAUUCGUCAUAUGUAAAUUAUAUUUACAUGCAAUAUGUAUAUAUGUAUUUUAUGUAUGCCUAUAAGGAUAGAUGUGUUAAUCAAGGCUGUAAAAAAAUACGAACAAGUCCAGCUGGUCUAAAAAGUAUUUUAAUA